AUGUUUUUACUUUCUUUCUCUCUCUUCUCUUCUUCUGCCCGAAGGACAGGGGUGGCGGCGGCUGCCAGCUCUCAACCGCGGCCGUGUCCGUGCUCCGAUGGUGGUGGUGCGCCCGAGCCCGGGUUCCUUUGGGCCGGAGCUGCGAGGCGGUGCCCUGUGCCUGCGUGGCUGUGCUGCGGCUACGCCGCUCUGUGGCUGUGCUGCGGCUACGCCGCUCUGCGCCUGCGUGCUCGUGCCGUGGCUGGUGCACACACUGCAACUUUCAACAGCACAGUCCUUCAACUUCGACACAUGCAGGGCGACAGCCAGUGGCCGUGCGCCUGCUCACGGCGGCGGCGUGCACCAUCGACAAGGCCCACACCCAUGUGUUCGCAUGCUCUGGCGCGGCGGCUAUGGCUCAUAAAGUUUCACGGUAAUUACAAAAACAUGACUAAAGCUUGUUCACAUGCCAGUAUGCCAUGUGCUUGACCAGUAGUGAAAGUGUCAACUCCUCUCUGCUUCUUUCUGUUAGGCUGCAGCGCCGAAGCCAUUAGAACAUAUGACGCUUUUUCUUCCUGGCUUCUUUGUAAUUUGCAUGUCAGCUUCAAGCCAACAGAUAAAAUAUGCUAUAGAGAUGUUUUUCUUUUGUUUCAUGUGUGCAUUUGUGUUUAUGCCCGUCGGAAGAGAAAUGGGCUAAAAAAUGCAGAAACUUUC